AUGCCUAUCAAACGAUCAUCUGGACGUUUAGGAUCUAUUGGCGGUGGUUUUAAUAAUAAUAGUUCACGAAGAACAAGUGAUCAAUUGAUAUCAUCAGUACCAUUAGUGAAACAUUGUAUAUUCCCUAUUGUGCCAAAAUUAUCCAGCAUAUCAUUUCUUUCAUUUAGUUUAGUAUUAUGCUUAACAUCUACAUUAAUUCAACAUAUGAAUUUAUAUCAAACUGUAUGGUGGUUACGAAAUACAUCAAUUGAAUAUCCUAUAGAAUUCGACUUGAUCGAUUGUUAUGUUAUAACCCAUAUCUUGUUGAUGCUGUGUACUCCGUAUGUUUAUUUGAUAUUGAUUAAGUUUAUCCCUUCAUUGAUUAUGACAUCAUUAAUUAUACGUUCAUUGGUGGGUUUAUGCAUUUUUACCUAUUGGGGUUAUAUCAUGACAUGGAUUUUAAAUCAGAUUGAAUAUUCUGGAACACCAAUCAUGCAUCAUCCAUUGGGAAUGGUGUUAUUGACUUAUUUUCCUAUACUCACACUCCUAGUUUAUCAUUCUCGUUAUUUGGAAAAAGUUGUUUGUCAAAAUAAUCGUCUUCAGCAUCAUCAUCAUCAUCAUUCCCAAUUGAACAAUACUGAUCAUAAUAAUAGUAAUUGUUGUUCUUCUUGUAGAGACAAUAAUACAAGAAUUACAUAUCAAUCAUCUGUUUUUACUUUAAAAUAUUGUUUACAGUUAUUUACAUCAUCCUGUUGGCGAUGUCUUACACUUUUCACAGAUUGGCCAUGUUUACCAUUUAAAGAGAUGUUUUUUCCAAUACCAUAUAAAUUUAUUCCGUCAAGAUUAUUUCACCAGCAUCAUGAUGACAAUGCGUCCACAACGGCUGAUCAUCAUGCAUCCAUUUCAACAAUGGAUUAUCAGACAAUGGAUCCUGUCGACGAUGAUUUCAAUCAUCACCUCAUGAUGAAUCAUCAAUGUUUAGGUGUAACACCUGAUCAAACACGUGAUGAAGUGGAAUUGUAUCGACGUGAUUUCAAUGCACGAUUAACUGAUAUAUUCAUUGGUACAUUGCAUGCAGUGUAUUAUGGUUGUUUUCUACCGAUUAUUUUUGUUCAAGUAUGUUGCAUUUAUUGA